UCCCAAGUCAUGGUGGUGGGGAAUUGAUUCUGAAUAAUCAAGUAGCUCGGUCAUUACUCUCUGCCGUAUAAAACGGAAACACCAAGACUUGCUAGAUCCAGUUGUACUUGCGGCUAAGUGGCUUCAUUUUGCCCUUUGAACCUUGAGCUGUUUCUUCUGGUUUGAUCCUCUUCCCCUGCCUCAUUAGAGGUACGUACUUCUAUUCUUAAUUUAGAGGGUACUGAUUUUAUUUAUAUUUUUUUAUCUUUAGCAAAUUGCUUCACUCCUUCAUCUAGAUCUGAUCCUAAGUUUUUGUGGUAAGUUUAAAGUUGAACCCUUGUAAGCGCCCCAAAACGAAAGUUGGGGCUUGACUCGAUUAGUUCUGUUGCUAUUGCUCACUAGUGAGAAUUGUGGUUUGUUUUACAUGGGAAGGACGCUGCAUAUAUGGCAAACGUCGACCAAGAAACUGCUCCAUUAAUUGGAAACAACCACCAACCCCAGGAUUUGGUAAUUGAAAUCCCUGUAGAAGUCUUAGAGCUUGCGCCUGAGUGUUGUAUUUACAAGGUCCCUAGUCGUUUUCGUGAAGCAAACCAAAAAGCCUACACUCCUCAGUUGAUUUCAAUAGGGCCUCUUCAUCAUGGUAACGAAAAUUUGGCUACAAUGGAACGGCAAAAGCUGAGAUAUUACAAGAAAUUUUCAGAAAGGACUUCCGAGAAGAAAUUGAAAGAGUUUGCGAGCUACAUUGAAAAUCAUGCAGAAGGUAUAUGUAGGUGUUAUGAAAUCCAAUUUAUCCUUUUGUUGGAGGCUCCCAAGUUUAAGAAGAUAAUAUUAGAUGAUGCAGUUUUUAUCAUUGAGCUCUUCUUGAGGGAAAGUGAAAAAAACUCUGACGAUUACUUCUUACGUCGCAAAGCAUUGUUAAGAGUCGAACUUCCAACGGAUUUGAUGUUACUUGAAAAUCAGCUCCCGUUCUUUGUCCUUGAAGAACUGUAUAACCUAGCAUUUCCUAACUCUGAUAUCUCUUUUCUCGAACUUGCUUGUUGGUACUUCGGUAUCCAUAUCGAUCGAUCACUGAGAAACAAAGGGAUUAAACACUUUACGCAUUUAAUUAGAUACCAAGUAGUGAGUAAUAGCCUGCGGAGCAUUGAUCGGUCGAGAGUCCACAAUAUCUACAAUGCAUCGAUGUUGCAUGAGGCUGGUGUGAAGUUUCUUGGUGUUAAAAGUGGUAUAUUUAAGAUUGGUAAGAGUGCAAUUAAUAAUACUAUAAACAGCUUGCUUGACGUAGACUUUGAGAAGGGAGUGCUAAAACUCCCAGUUAUUGAUGUGGCGUUCGAAACUGAGACUCGUUUUAGAAAUCUGAUGGCCUUCGAACAAUGUCACUAUCCACAUAAAGCUCACUUUUGUAGUUAUAUUCAGUUAUUAGACUCUCUUAUUGACACUUGUGAAGAUGUAGAUUUACUGGUAAGGAAAAGAAUUAUUGUCAAUAGAUUGGGUAGCGGUGCAGCUGUGGCAGAUAUGAUUAACAAUCUUGCAGUGGGAAUUGUACAUUCAAGUAUGCUCUAUGGCAAAAUCGGACAUGAUCUAAACCAGUACAAUGAUAAUUCUUGGAAUCAUAGAUGGGCAGCCUUGAAGCAUGUCUAUUUCAACAAUCUUUGGAGAGGAACUGCGACUAUUGCUGCUUUUAUUGUGGUGGUACUCACUCUUAUACAAACUGUAUUGGCAAUCUUGGAACGAGUAAAGCCCACAAAAGAAGUUGCAUAUAUGGCAGCAAACACCGACCAAGAAAUUGCGCCAGUAAAUGAAAACGACGACCAACCCGAAGAUUCAGCAAUUGACAUCCCUGAAGAAGACUUAGAGCCUGGGCCUGAGUGUUGUAUUUACAAGGUUCCCAGACGUUUUCGUGCAGGAAACGAAGAAGCCUACACUCCUCACUUGAUUUCAAUUGGGCCUACUCAUCACGGUGACCGAAAUUUGGCUCCAAUGGAGUCUCAAAAGAAGAGAUAUUACGAUAAAUUUGUGCGAAAGACUUCGGAGAAAACAUUGAAAGAUUUCAAGGGCUCUAUUGAACUGAAUGUAAAACGUAUAGACAGGUGUUACGACGUCCAAUCUAUCUAUAUGUUGGAGGCUUCCCAGCUUAUUGAGAUAAUAUUCCAUGAUGCAGUUUUUAUCAUUACGCUCUUCUUGAGGGAUUGGGCGAGGAAACAAGAAUUCCCCGACGGGGACUACAACCGUGUUGAGGAGGAGGAUGACUACCACGACUUAAACCAAAGUGCAUUGGUAAGAGUUAAACUUCUAACGGAUCUGCUGUUACUUGAAAAUCAACUUCCGUUCUUCGUCCUUGAAGAUCUAUAUAAGUCAGUUUUUCUUUCCUUCGAUGAAUACUCUUCUCUUGAUCUUGCUAAGCUAGCCUCCAAUGAAUACUGUUUUCUUGAUCUUGCUUGCUCGUACUUCGGUAUCAAAAAAGAUCCAUCAUUCGAGAAAAAAAAGAUUAAACAUUUUACGGAUUUAAUUAGAUAUCAAGUGCUAAGGGAUUGUCCAACGUUGGACAAUGAUAUACCAAUAGGAAACUACAACAUAUACAGCGCAACGAAAUUACGUGAGGCUGGUGUUAGGUUUAAAUGUACUACAGUUAAAGAUGAUUUUCGUGUUAUAUUUAAUGGCGUUUCAUAUAAUUGUAAUAAGAUUGGUGAUUUUGACCUUGAAGGUUCUGGGAUGAUCAAUAAGGUUAUGGAUGAUGUGCUCGGAUCCACUAAGUACAGCUUGCUUGAGGUAGAAUUUAAGAAGGGAGUGCUAAAAUUGUUAGCUAUUGAUGUGGAGUACGAGACUGAGAUUCGUUUUAGAAACUUGAUGGCUUUUGAACAAUAUCACUAUCCAAAAAAAGCUUAUUUUUGUAGUUAUAUUAAACUAUUGGACUCUCUUGUUGAUACUAGUGAAGAUGUAGAUUUAUUGGUAAAAGAAGGGAUCAUUGUCAAUAGAUUGGGUAGCAGUGAAGCUGUGGCAAAAAUGAUUAACAAGCUUGCGGUGGGAGUUGUACAUUCAACUUUGCUCUAUGGUGAAAUCGGUACGGAACUAAACGGACAUUAUAAAAAUUCUUGGAACCGUACAAUGGCAACCUUAAAGUAUGUCUAUUUUAACGAUCUUUGGAGAGGAACUGGGACUAUUGCUGCUUUCAGCGUGGUGAUACUCACUCUCAUACAAACCGUAUUGGCAAUCUUAGAAAAAGCAGCACCCACAAAAUAAAUACUCCCUACUUUGAAAGCAGUCUUCAAUUCAAUGAAAGAUAAAGCUAAUCUUUUUACGAGUGUGUUUUGCUCUUUUAAGUUUAUUUGCCUUUCCACUUUGAGUGAAAUGGGAGUUUGCUGCUCUUAUCAUGUACUGCUACUAUCAAUGGAUAAUUGUCUGCUUAAUUAUUUCAUUUUAUCAUAUCUUUA